GGCAGAUGUCAGAAGAUCUUGCUAAGCAGUUAGCUAGCUACAAAGCUCAGCUUCAGCAAGUUGAGGCAGCCUUAUCUGGGAAUGCAGAAAACGAAGAUUUACUAAAACUGAAGAAAGACUUACAGGAAGUCAUAGAAUUAACCAAAGAUCUCCUUUCAACACAACCUUCGGAAACUCUUGCAAGUUCUGACAGCUCUGCUUCUGCUCUGCCCAGUCACUCCUGGAAGGUUGGGGAUAGGUGUAUGGCCAUAUGGAGUGAGGAUGGACAGUGUUAUGAAGCUGAGAUUGAAGAAAUAGAUGAGGAGAAUGGAACAGCUGCAGUCACAUUUGCUGGAUAUGGCAACGCUGAAGUUACACCUCUGUUCAACCUCAAGCCUGUGGAAGAGGGAAGAAAAGCAAAAGAGGACAGUGGCAACAAACCCAUGUCCAAAAAAGAGAUGAUAGCCCAGCAACGAGAGUAUAAAAAGAAGAAAGCUUUGAAAAAAGCUCAGAGAAUUAAAGAACUUGAACAGGAACGAGAGGACCAGAAAGUCAAGUGGCAACAGUUUAACAACAGAGCUUAUUCUAAAAACAAAAAAGGCCAGGUAAAGAGGAGUAUUUUUGCUUCCCCUGAGAGUGUAACUGGCAAGGUUGGAGUUGGAACGUGCGGAAUUGCAGACAAACCUAUGACACAGUAUCAAGAUACCUCUAAAUACAAUGUCAGGCAUUUGAUGCCUCAGUAACAGGGGAAAAAGGUGGAACUUCAUCUCUGCAGGGCUUUACACUUAUCUUUUUAUCAUUAUAUUUUUCUAAAAGUAAAUUAUUUGUUGGCACAUAGCGAGUAGUCCAUUUUGUCACCAUCACUUUGGCUUCAGCUGACAUGAGCCUUAAAUCUCCAGUUAUUGAUUUGAUCCCCCCAAUCGUUAAACUUUUCGUAGUUGCAUUAAAAUACAUUCUGCAGGUAAAUGCUUUCAUGAAUUGCUGUUACCUGUUACUCUGAAAGGAGUAGUUAUCUGCAGCUUUGAUCUCUAGAAUCUUCCCUUCAUACUAGUAGUGAAGUUUCUGUUCCUUAAGACAAGUGGUGGUAUAAAAAUGGCACUGUAGCAACCUCCCUCACUUCUGUAGCCACUGUGCUGUCUGAGCAACAAGCUCAGCAUUACAGAGCUGCUGCAGCUCUGGGAGAGCUAGACUCCAUCCCAGCUUAUGUGUCAUGGAAUUGCUAAGGAAGUUCUAAAUUACUCCCUUACAGAUCCCCUGCAGAUGGAUUUGUACAGCUGUAAAUGAGGGCAGAACAGGGACGAUAGGAUCUUUACUACUACUAGUGAUCCAUGUGCUAGAAACAAUAAAUCUGACUUCAAUUCCAGUCUGAAUUGGCCUGUGCUAGAAGUUAAGCAGAGGAGAUACUACUUUUUUUUAAAUACUCAUCAAAUUUUCAUAGGAGACUAUUGAAAUGUAACCAGAAAACCAUAGGACAAAGUAGAGAACUGUACUUAAAAAUACCUGCCCUGUCCCUCCCUGAGGAUGAGAGUUGUAGACCAGAAAGGGUUGUGCUUUGGGGAAGGAGCCAUCACCUCCCCUCCUGUAGAUCUUGCGGGUUUGGUGGCACAGUCACAGACCUGGAAUACACAGCUCGUCCCUGGGCCUCCCUCCACUCAAGCAGAACUGCAGCACAGCAGAUAGGAAUGCCCAGAGCCUACUGAGUUGUGAGGGAGUAGAUAAAUAACUGACUGGCCCUAGUCUUCAUUGUAACUUCAGCUGUAUUACAGUGCUGCUGAGCCCCUUCAGUUUUAUUCAGGAAACCAUGUGUAAAAGCUCUUGCUUUCUUGUAUUUUAUGUGAUUUGCGUUCCUCUGUUACUUGUCUCACAGUAGUGGUGCCAUCUCUGAACCCAUAAUGUGUUAAAGAAGUUAAUGGGUAGCCCUGUAUACAAUGUAGAUAUUAUUUUUGUAAAAUCUAGGGCUGAGUUAAUGGACAAGAGUACAUCAGCUGUUUCCCCCAUUAAAUAAUUAAAGGGUGUUUCUUGUCCAUUAACCCUGACCAUUAUUUCCCUGUAUAUUAUGUUAAUGUAGCUCAUUUUGUAAUUUGUUAACUAGAUCAGGUCACGUCAGCAAUUGUUGAUGCACUGAUUGGUGGACAUGUCCAUCAGUUACCUGAGUCACAACUCAAGCUAAACUCUACAACUGGUAGUUUAGAAUCCAUACAUAGAAAAAGGUUCUCCCUAUAAUGGGAGAAGGUGAUUUUUAUGAAUACAAAGUGUGUUAAUUUCAGUUUUGUAUGUUUAACUUUUAUUAAAUAAAGUGUUUAAAAUCUGCUGGA